AUGGGUAAGGCUUUGAACUAUGUCCCUCCUACUAUACGAGAAGGUACAUUUAUUGUGCAAAUUGAGGCAGAAGACACAAGGGAACAGGAAAUUUACUGGAGUACAGCUCUGAUUGCUUAUGUUUUGGGUGAUAACCCUUAUAAGAAAUCAAUGGACAAUUAUGUGACUAAUGUUUGGAAUUUCGUAGAAAAGCCCCAAAUCCUUUAUCAUGAUGAAGGAUAUUAUAUUUUUAGAUUCCAAAACAUUGAGGAGAGGGAUCUGGUUUUACAAGCUGGGACGUAUACUUACCACAAUAAGCCACUCAUCCUGCAGCAUUGGAGCAUGGAUUUUAAGUUCGACCCAAGAAUUACUGUUGAAAUGGAGAAGGUAUCAUACGCAAGAGUACUUGUUGAAGCUGAUGUUUCACAUCCUCUACCUGAUAGUUUUGAAAUGCAAACUCCAAAAGGGGUUAUCAACCAGCAGAUUGAAUAUGAUUGGAAGCCUAAUUUUUGUUUCGGAUGCAUCAGAUUUGGACAUAAUUCAAAUCAAUGUUGGUUGAAGGAAAAUCAGGAAAUGGUAGAGAAGUUCAAAGAACAGCCAAAGAGAAGAAGGAAUAAAGAAAAGCAAAAUAAAACUAAUCUGAAAUGGCUACCAAAGGAGCAUAAGGGGAAUGAAGCUGGUCCAUCAGGGGUGCAAACAGAAAUGGAGAAACAACCUAUGGUUGAGACAGAAGGUUGUAAUCAAGUGGCAAAUGACAAGCAUGAUGAACCAGAUCAGAAGAGUCAGGAUGAUAGAGCAAACGUCAAAGGGAAGGAUAUUCAACAAAAGGAGUUGAGGCUCUUUCUGAGGAAGUAUAAGGUGGAUUUUAUUGGGUGUUUGGAAACAACAGUUAAAGAGAAGAAGGCUACUAGAAUCUUGAAGCAAGCUGCCAGGGAUUGGAGGGCUUGUUGCAACUAUAAUGCACAUCCAAAUGGUAGAAUUUGGUUACUAUGGAAGAGUAAUAUAAAUGUCCAGGUGUUAGUGGUUGAAGAUCAGUUCAUACAUUGUGAAAUUCAAGAGAUAAGCUCCAAUUUCAAGGCUAUGGUAACUGUAGUUUAUGCAAGCAAUGACAUUAAUCAAAGGAAUCAACUGUGGAGGAAGCUCAUUCAGAUAGGGGCUAAUAUUCAAGACAGUUGGUUACUAAGUGGGGAUUUCAACAAUGUUCUUCACACUGAUGACAGGAUAGGAGCACCAAUUACACAAGCAGAAACCCAAGGCUUUCAGGAUAUGAUAAAUACAUUACAGCUUUCUCAGGUGAAGAGUUCGGGUUGGUACUAUACUUGGUGCAACAAGCAACAACCUGAUAAAAGAGUGUAUAGUAGGAUUGAUUGGGCUUUGGGCAACUUUGACUGGCUACAACAGUAUAACCACAUAGCCUUGCUCCCUCUGCUAUUGUAG